AUGGUGGCUGAGAGAAAAACAGAAGCCAUUUUCUUUCAUCCCAAGGGAUGGAAGCCGCCCCAGGCCCAGGUGAGGAUAGGUACAGUCAGGGUCCCGUUAGAGGCCCAGAUGAAAUAUCUGGGCCUCAUAUUGGACGGCACCUGGUGUUUCAGAGAGCAUUUUAACAGGCUGGUCCCCAGACUUAGGGUAAUAUCUGCCAGAUUGGGCAGGCUUAUGCCCAAUGUCGGGGGACCAGACGGGAAGGCUCGUCGCCUCCACGCGGGAGUUUUAAAUUCGGUGGCGCUCUAUGGAGCGCCGAUAUGGGCGGAAACCCUGGCCGCCAGUCGCCCUAUGCGAGCGCAAAUGCGCAAAGUGCACAGAGUGUUGGCGGUCAGGGUGGCAAGAUGCUACCGUACCGUAUCCUGCGUGGUGGCGACGGUCCUGGCGAGCAUGCCCCCCAUGGAGCUCAUGGCCCUGUCGUACAGGCAUACGUACGGCAGAUAG